AUGAGGCGAAUUGUAAAUGCACAAUUUACUAAGUUCCACGCCGCUCCGAGUCCGUGCGCGGGAUUUAUCGCGGCUUUCUCUCCGAAAAUCCCGGAUCCCGGAUCCCGGGCCCGAACCGUCGGCCACCUUGUUAAGUCCCCGGAAAGUUUCCAAGUCGCCAAACGAGAUCAUUUCGUGUUUGAAAGUUUCCCCGCGGUAAUAGCCAACCUGAGCAGCGGAGCUGGCGGGGGCAAGAAGCGAUCGCGUUCACUUAGCGCAAGCGAUAAAUCUAGCGACGUGCGAACGCGCGGCAAAUGGCUCGAGCCACCUUCGCGCAUUACACACCAUCAGCGCCGUUCACGACUCAUUAGGGCGGGCGUUUUGAAAAAUGCCCCCGCCACUAAAAUAGACAUUAUGCAGAGUGCCACGAUUGAGGCGAGCGCCGAUUCCCCUCCCCUCCGGCCGUCCGCCCCUCGGGCCGAGGUGGCGACGAUUUGCAUGACAAUCGUCGGCCGAGAGCUCAGCAUGUUUUUAAUUUGGCCGACAAACAACGCGCAGUUGCAGUUAAGGGAGCAGCCGAGGCGCAUUUGCAUGUUAGUGGCCGCGGAGGCGUCGGAUUCGGCCGCGGGAAGAAGCAACGGGGAAGUG